AUGCAUGAGGAGAGGGUAUUUCAUGAUGUCAGUCCAGACCAACAAUUAGAUAGGGAGAAUUUGAGGCCCGCAAGGAGUAUGGGCUCACAAUGGCCGUUGAAUACUGGGACAUUAGUUAGUGGACUGUCCAGUUCUGAAUCAGAACCAGAUCAUAAGACAUCCAAGUACAUUAUGCAAUCUUACGACGGAGACCUAUGCAAUGAGGAAACAUUUGACUGGUCGGUGAAGGACACCACUUUAGGCACUUGCGAUGAAAGUUACGGAAAUGAAAGCACUAUCUGGUCCCACAAAUCACCAAAUCAAAAGCAUUUACCCAAUCAAACCGUGUCUGAUUCACACUGUUCCAAAAUCACAGUUGGUGCCGGCACCAAAUGGCACCCAAUGUUGUUGUCUCCUUGUGCCCAAUCAAUCUGGCAUGAUUAA